AUGGUGCGCAUCACUUCUUCGCUCUAUCUGGCCACUCUGGCCGCGACAACGGCUUUCGCCGCGUCCGACCCUCCUUCUUGCAGUCAAGACAAUCACUGUCCGGAAGAAUGGCCUUGCUGCUCUCUGUAUGGCCAGUGCGGUACUGGCGCUUACUGUUUGGGUGGUUGCGAUCCUCUGAUGUCUCACUCGCUCGACUCCUGUGUCCCUGAACCCACCUGCCAGAGCAAGACCUACAAGGGCUGGUCGAAUCUCGACGGCUUCGCCGAGAACACCAAGUACCUGGGCGAUGCCUCAAAGUCUGACUGGGUCUAUAGCGGCUAUCCCAAGAUAGAAGAUGGAAACCUCCUCCUCACCAUGCCCAAGGAAAGCGUCGGCACUCUCAUUGCGAACAACCACUAUCUCUGGUACGGCAAGAUCACGGCCAAGGUCAAGAGCAGCCGUGGCGCUGGUGUGGUUACCGGUUUCAUCCUGAUGUCCGACACCAAGGACGAAAUCGACUACGAGUUCGUUGGUGCUGAUCUGACCAACGUUCAGACCAACUUCUACUUCCAGGGUGUCCUCGACUACAACAACGGCGCAAACGCAUCGGUGCCUGGUGGUGACACUUUCGGCGAAUGGCACGAGUACAGCAUUGACUGGAAGCCCGACGCUCUUACCUGGUCCGUGGACGGUGAGGUGAAGAGAACCCUGACCCGUGAAUCUACCUUCAACAAGACCAGCAACCGCUAUCAGUACCCCCAGACCCCCUCCAGAAUGCAGCUGUCCCUGUGGCCUGCCGGUCAAGCCAGCAACGCCCCGGGUACCAUCAGCUGGGCCGGUGGACAGAUCAACUGGGACAGUGAGGACAUUAAGAAGGACGGCUACUUCUCGGCCAGCUUUGCAGAGAUCACCGUCGAGUGCUACGACCCCCCUAAGGGCGCCGACAUCAAGGGCAGCAAGUCCUACAUCUUCACCAACAACGACGGUCUGGAAAGCUCCGUCCGCAUCACCGACAACAAGACUGUGCUCGCCUCGUUCGGCGCCACCGGUCUGAACAUGGAUCUCGGUGCCAGCACUUCCGCUUCGGGCGGCGCCAACAAGACCAGCAGCGGCGCCAACACCAUUCCCUCGGGCAACGGUGGCUCUGCGAAUGUGCCCGGUAACUCUCAGGGUGGCAACAGCAGCAGCAGCAGCACUGGCUCCAGCUCCGGCUCUGCAUCGAGCGGCUCCAGCGACUCCAGCAGCUCCGGCGGCUUCAGCCAGGGCACCGGCUCCUCGGGGGCCAGCAACAAGAACGCCGCUCCCUCCCAGAGCGAGCGUGUCAUGAAGGGCUCCUUCUUCGCCGUGCUGGUUGCCGUCGUGGUUCUGGUGACACUGUAA